UGUUGACGUCGUCAGCUGUUCUGUCAGCUAACAGCACUCCGAAAAUCAGAAGUAUUUUGUUGUGAUUAGAAUUGAUGUGUAACAUAUUUAAUUGACUUUUAAAAUGUCGGGCUACCCUCAACAAGAUAACUUUUCGUGGUCACCACCCCCGGACAAUCAAUAUAAUUUUGACAGUAAUAGUUUUGGACAGCCUAACCAACAAUUUGAAUUUGCAAAUUACGGUGAUCAAACAACUGGUGAAUAUGGAGCAUAUAAUCAACAAGAAUAUUUAAAUCCCAAUCAAAGCACUUACUCAGGAGACUUAUAUACCCCUGAUAAUUACAAUCAAGGAAACACAUUUACUGAUGAGGAAGACGAGCCACCAUUAUUAGAAGAGCUUGGUAUCGAUCCAGAUAGAAUUAUACAAAAAACAUUGGCAGUUCUAAACCCUUUUCAUAGAAGAGGUCAAACAGACGAUGCCAAUUACCUACUUCAAGAUGCAGAUUUAGCUGGUCCACUUGCUUUUUGUUUGGCCCUGGCUUCUUUCUUAGUAUUGGCUGGAUCAAAAGCACACUUUGGAUAUGUUUAUGGAUUAGCUGUCACAUCUUGCCUGUUAAUGUACAUUUUGCAGUAUCUAAUGAGCAGUUCAGGAAAUGUAACUCUUGCAUCGGUAGCCUCUGUUUUGGGUUAUUGUAUUCUACCAGUUGUAGGCUUAGCAGGUAUAGGUAUUUUUACCAGUCUCAAAGGUCCGGGAGGUUUGAUUUUUGCAGUUGUAGCAGUUUUGUGGGCUACUUUAUCAUCUUCUAGAUUGUUUUGUGCCAUGUCUGGGGAGGAAAAGCAACGCCUUCUUAUUGCAUAUCCGUGUUUGUUACUUUAUGGAGUGUUUACUUUGAUUGUAAUUUUCUAAAAAAUAUUAUAAAAAUUAUGAACAAAACAAUUAAAUUAAAAUUAUUAUUUUUAGUAAGA